AUGUACAAGUCGCUAUUAGCAUUACUAGUGCUAUGUCUCAUCUGUUGGAUUAUCCAGCUACUACCGGUCAUUUCAGUUCCAUUAACCCCGCUGUCUAGUAAAAUCUACCUUUCUUGCUUUGAGAAUUUUACAUUUGGCGUAUUUGGUAUUUGUGAUGAAAGGUCAGGAAAAUGCAGCGAUGCUCGAAUAGGAUAUCCUUCUUCAAACUCGAGCAAUUUCGUGCUCCAAGAUAACUAUGAUGGUGUUGUGCUACCGUCGGAUGUCAAAUAUACAAUAUCGAAACUAUUAGUUGUCCACGUUGUUGCAUUCUGUUUCUCGAGUCUUCUUAUGACUGUUAUUUGCUUGUUGUUUGCAUUGGAAAGUGUCGACAGGUGGAGGUACCAAAUGAAACCGAGACAAGAGAUUGAGUCUGAAGAAGAGAGGGAAGAGAGGGAGCAAAGAGAGGAAAACGAAAAGAGAGAUUUGACACCGUAUCUCAACAUGAUGUUGAUACUCACAAUAAUGUCUGUUUUGACUACUUUGCUUGCAUUUUUAGCCGACAUCCUUUUGUUUACUCCAAAUUUGAGCUACUUGGGGUGGAUCCAGUUGAUACCAAUAAUAUCUAUGGCACUCAUCACAUCGAUGUUAUGCUUUAUUAAACGUUCAAUCGCGAGUCGAAAGUUCUUUGAGAAUUACGAUUAUCAGUACGAUGAUAUGAAAAAAUUGAGGAAACGCGUUAUGGAGCAUUCAUGGGACAAUUCCAGUGAUGAUGGGUUCUUUGUAUAUACAGAUGGCUUUUACACGAGAGGAGAAGAAACAAACAUUUCAAAUACUUCACUAAGUAGUACCACGCGACAACCCAGAGGCAGCAUUUCUUCGAUGGCUUCUUCGACUUCUGCAAUUGAAUUAAAUAACUUUUAA